AGCGUGACCAUUGCCGCGUGCGCGCGCUGGAGACUACCUCCGGCGCCGCUGGCUGGGUUCGGCCAUGGGUUCGGCGCCGGCCGCGGGCUCGGUGCGCGCGCGCUACCUCGUGUACUUCCAGUACGUGGGCACCGACUUUAACGGGGUGGCGGCCGUCAGGGGCGCCCAGCGCGCCGUCGGGGUUCAGAACUACCUGGAGGAGGCCGCCGAGCGGCUCAAUUCCGUGGAGCCGGUCAGGUUCACCAUCUCCAGCCGCACAGACGCCGGGGUCCACGCCCUGAGCAACGCGGCGCACCUGGAUGUCCAGCGCCGCUCAGGCCGGCCGCCCUUCCCGCCCGAGGUUCUGACCGAGGCCCUCAACACCCACCUGAGGCACCCGGCCAUCAGGGUCCUGCGGGCCUUCCGAGUGCCCAGCGACUUCCACGCUCGCCACGCAGCCACGUCCCGGACCUACCUGUACCGCCUGGUCACUGGCUGUCACCGGUCUGACGAGCUGCCCGUGUUUGAACGCAACCUAUGCUGGGCUCUCCGGGCAGACCGCCUAGACGUGGCUGCUAUGCAAGAAGCAGCCCAGCACCUCCUCGGCACACACGACUUCAGCGCCUUCCAGUCGGCCGGCAGCCCGGUACCAAGCCCCGUGCGAACACUGCGCCGUGUCUCCGUGUCCCCAGGCCUCACCAGCCCCUUGGUCACCCCCCAGGAGAGCAGGAAGCUGCAGUUCUGGAGUCUAGAGUUUGAGAGCCAGUCCUUCCUGUAUAGACAGGUACGGAGGAUGACAGCUGUGCUGGUGGCCGUGGGACUGGGGGCUUUGGCACCUGCCCAGGUGAAGACAAUUCUGGAGAGCCAAGACCCCCUGGGCAAGCACCAGACACGCCUGGCCCCAGCCCAUGGCUUAUUCCUGAAGUCAGUGGUAUACGGGAGUCUUGGUAAGAGCAGCAGGACAAAGAAAGGUUCUGCUGUAUGCCCACUGACUGCUGAGGCCCAGUCCUCAUGGGGGAAGGCAUAGCCUUCCUGCCACCCAGCCAGGCAGGAAUCCUGCCAUUACCCAAACAGAAAGUCAAGGUGUGGGGUGGGGAGGCUGGGAGCCAAUGACUGCAGGAGUGAAGGUUUCCCCCCAGGGUUGCAUCCCCUCAGCCCAGCCCAUCCUGCCCUGGCCCUGGGAGUGGUCCCAGUGGCAGGGAGGGCUCUGGGCCGACCUUGCCCCAUGCUGACACAGUGUCUGGUGUGUCCACAGAUGCUGCUUCCUGCACCCUGCAUGGGCCACAGUUUGGGAGCCACAAAUGACCCUGGAUGUUCAGCCAAAAUCAGGCUACACCAGGCCUAGCCCUGUGCUUGUAAAGCCAGGGCAGUCACGGCCACCUGGGGCCCAGGGCCCAC